GAGAAACCUGACGGGGAACAAUGAGCUAACGGCCCGGCCGCUUGGACAACCGCUCAGUCUAGCCCCGACUGGGGGACAAGGCCAUCAGGUUCCUGUCUUGUCUCUUUUCUUACCCUCUCUUUCGGUCGUCCGAGAUGAUUGAUUGAUAGCUACCCGGAUCUAAGUACAUGGAUACAACAUGAUGGGAGAGGCUAAGACAAGCUAUGCAUUUCUGGGUCUGGGUGACCGACUGAUGGUGAUGUAUUAAUAGCCCUCUGACGUCUCCCUCACCUGCUUGCCCUGGGCCGUUCUUUUUUCUCAUAUUAUUUGCUGCGUGGACUAUUACUUUUUGUGCUCCUACCCACUGCACAUCGUCGUCAUAAGCUGUCAUAAUCAAUACAUCUCGACGACCGCUCUCAUAGGAUCUGAUACCAGUUGUUACUACCACCGGCAGCUACCUCCACAACCACUCUGUCUACGAGAUAUCGGUAUUUGUGUCCAUCUACCUACUCCGACCGCCAAAAUGAACGCCUGCCCAUGUGCAAACUAUUAUAAUAGACCCAACCCGAACCGUUGCACAAAUUACGUAUCCAAGUUCGGCGAGCGGUGUAAGCUCUGCGUCACAGUCAAGGACGGCCAGUCAAUGACGCGAGGCUUGCUGCCCGAGGAUGAGCUGUGGAUGACUGCCACACCGGGGUACAAUGACCAAGCUUAUGGCAGCGGCGGUCAGGGAUCCAAGAGUGGCAACAAGAAAUCUGGGAGCAGCAGUGGCGGGUACAUAUCCUCGUGGUUGAGGAAGUGACUGAGGAAGAUGAAGUGACUUUUGGCUUUUGUCGGAAUAUUGGUGCUGGAAACCAUGACGCAUAGGAAAGCCUUACUAUAGGCUGGAGUUCACGGGGAAGGGAUACUGGAGUCUUGGAGUUUUACUUUGGUUUUGUGAUGGGAUGGGAAAAGGCACAGACUGAACUUUGGGAUUUUGGCAACUUGAGUGGAAGGGGCAUUCAACUGGAACGAUACCAAAUAUACUAUAGACGGGGUAGGAACAAUCAACACAGGACUUUAUCAUAUACAAUAACAGUUCAUCAAGCAUCA